GCUUUGGCAGAAGUGCUUAGACACGCCUAUGUUAGGAGCUAGCUAGCUCGCUAGCUAACCAGCUACAUAUAAAGAGGGACUUUACUUUGGGCCCCACUGUCUGCAAGGCUUGUAGCUAGUGCUGGCUGUGCACGGUCUGGGAGAUCCAACAGAGGGAUAUUUUUAGUAAGCAACGAAAGCACGUGUUGCUCGUGAGUUUGCAAGUCAAUCCCAGCUAGAUAAACACCGCUGUCUAUCACAAAUCUAGUGGUGCUCGCUAACAUUACCUGAUUCAUAAAGUGUUGCCUACUUGCAUCGUUUAUUUCUGUACGUUAACUAACGGGAGAACGUUAGCGAUCAGACUAUCUUAAUAUUAACCAGGGCUACUUGCUUAGGCAGCUAGUCGUUCACAGUAGUAUGGGUAGCUAGCUACCCCUGAUCGUUAUUCUAGUUCAUUCUAUGUGAGCCAGGGCAUAGAUCCCAUAUAUUUGCAAUCUGCCGCUGACACGUCGAUCACACCCAAGUAGUUUUGCUGACAGAAAGGUGCUGAUCACUUACUGGCUGGUUAGCCUGUAGCAGCAGCAUGUUUACGGUUAGCAACCAUCUCAUUAACUUCCAAGCUAACGAGCUUCUUAGGUAACUUAUUAUGUAAUUAACUAGUGAAUUAACUGUUGAGAGUAUGGGUUAUGUUAAUUCUGGCUAGCUACGGCAGCGAAUGUAAUUUGCCAGCAAACAUGGAAACUUCUCCAGCUCAUUUGCUUGCUAACGAGUUAAGAUAACUUAGUUCCUAGCCGACUAGCUUAACAUUUAGCCAUAAUCCUACUAAUCAGCUACGAAGGUUCAACAGUAAAUGAUCGAUCGGUAGCUAUCUUCGUUUUCGCAUGUAGAUGUGAAUGAAGCCAGCUAGCUAGAUAAUUGCGUCGCUGGUUACAUGCGAAUUAAGGGGAUUGUCUAAUGAGUUUCCUUCAGAUAUUUACACAGAAGAAAUUGCAUGGCUGUAACAUAAAUUCGUGACUUUGCCACAACGUUUACUACUUAAUAUUUGUGACGCCUAGCUAACUAACUUGGCUAACUUAACUACUCCAGAUAGUUCAAUAGCUAACGUUAGCCCACCCGAAAAACAACGUUCGCCGACAGGAACAAGUGCAUCUUCCAGGUAAUACUGUAUGCGAUCUUGACAAGCGCUGUCCGGUCUGGGGUUUGACUCAAUUUUAUUUGGUUUCACCCUCAGCAAAUUCUCCUGCGCCUAGUUCGUUGGUAGUGCAGGUAGGAGGAGUGAAACUUAACUUAUGCUUUAGGUCGGAGUCCCUGGGAUUUGUAUUCACCAUUCCCUGAAGUUUCAGUUGCAGUUUCUCCGCCACAGCCGCUAUACAUAUACUGUACCUAGUGGUAUUCUGAGGUUCCGGAUUGAGGUCCAGCUGGUUACUACAACUAGGUGUUGUUCCUCAGUCUGAUAGAAUGUUAGCAGGCCGGUUGGGUCAGAAUGGAAACGUCAAAGGUUGACAGGUAGCAAAUGCGAGAGGUAAAUAGAUUUUCCUAUACAUGUUAGAUUUUUUUCUAAAUUUCAGCAGCCCUCCAUUGAACUAAUCAGUGGCUCUCACAAGAUAAUACAAAACAAAUCAAAACCUUUCUUUUUUUUUUUAAAUAAGCGGGCUGUUCAAAUGCACAUUAGUUUUUAUCACAUGGAAGCAUCAGUGUAAUUGAGCUGUCCUAGUCACAUAGUCAGUCACAACAGCAGCUGAGGAGCACAUUGCAAACUCUUUAUUAAAAUAUUAUUUCUUUGAUUUAAAAAAAAAAAAAUGGUUAAAACAAAUCUGGAAAACCUGCAAAGCAAUGGACUCGGUGGGCUGCAUUGGGCACCCAUCUCUUUUAAAUCAUUCCACCGAGACCACAUAAAGACCAGUGGAUCUGCCAAGCACCUGCAAAGACCCGAAGACCUGUGUACAAGUACAAUGAUCUAGCAGGUAUGUGCAGCCAGUCUGUGCAGCCAGUUUCUACCGGCAACCAAACACGCUGCAAUCAAUGGAUGCUGACCAGUCAGACUAACCCAUUGGAUGCAACCAAACUCACUGAUACCAGUGGAUGGUGACUUGCCUAACUGUGCUGAUAUAAUCAGUGGCUGUUGCCGGCUGAAUCAGAAUGGGUGACCAGCCGAUUUGGGAACAGAUAGGGUCCAGCUUCGUACAGCAUUACUACCAGUUGUUUGACACAGACAGGAGCCAACUCGGAGCAAUAUAUAUCGAUGCGUCAUGCCUUACAUGGGAGGGACAGCAAUUCCAGGGAAAAGCAGCGAUUGUCGAGAAGCUCUCUCUGUUGGCUCCUUUCCAAGGGUGCCAGCGUUCGGAGAGCACGUGCCAUUCAUUAGGGAAGUGGCCGCUGCGGCAUGCUGGGAAAAGGAGGAUCGUUUCGCUCGCAGUGUCCAGUAGCCCCAGCCUUCCCUUCUCGAAAAUCGCUCACAGCAUAACUGCACAGGACCACCAGCCCACUCCCGACAGCUGCAUACUAAGUAUGGUAGUAGGACAACUAAAAGCUGACGAGGACCCUGUCAUGGGAUUCCAUCAGGUCUUCCUCCUAAAAAACAUCAAUGACGCCUGGGUGUGUACCAAUGACAUGUUCCGGCUGGCGCUACACAACUUCGGCUAAAGGCACUAACGGGAGGUGGGAUACGGGGAGAAGGAGAAGGUCGCCCAAAGGCCCUUCUCUCACCCCGCCCCCCCGUCCCACCCCCACUCCUCAUCAUCCCCCUCUUCCUCCAUGCAUACCUCUAUUGAGAAUCAACCUGCUCUACACCAGAUUCUAAAAACGCCAUUCGCCAUAACCCAACCAAUCAACAGAGAGAACUGACGCGCAGGCACGUGCAUCUAUUUGCGACUGGAAGUAUACGUAUGCGCAUACGCCCUUUGCUGAACCGCUGCAGCCGCCAGCAGGUCGAAGCCGACCCUGCGCUGUCCUACCCAAUGCUGGGGAUCCAGAAUAGCUGCAUUUGAAGACGCCAGGAGGGAAAAAAAACUUACCUUGCGUACCUUUGUGUCAUUUUAUGUUUUUCUUUGGUCCUGCAUUUUUGUUCUCCUAUCCUUAUGGUUCGGUUUUUUUCUCCUAGUUCAGUGUGUUGGUACCAGCAUGCCUUUGAGGAUACAGCAGUUUUUUUUCUCCUCUUUCUCAAGUCUGAUUUUCAAUGUAUUGGCAGUUUUCUCUAGCAAUCCAAAGAAUCAAACAUCAUCAAACCCCCCAACCCCACAAUCCCCUUACCCCUCUCCUCUUUGUCCCAGGAUUACUACUAAGCCACGAUACACAAUAAAAUCGACUUUUUCUUAAUCGUGGAAUCUUACUCUUCCUUCUGUUCUCUGGGUGUUGGUCUCUGACUUCUCUCCUUUCUCUGCUCCCCCCCCUCCUUUUUUUAUUCGGUUUUAUAGCAAAUUUCUAUUCCCACUUGGUAGGGGAGAACGCAAUAAUUUUACUUUUGGUCUGGCUGUGUUGCACCUCUUUUAUAAAGCCAUAAAGAGAGGUUUGGUAACUGCUGUCCUAGAGCCAAAAUGGGUCUCAUUUCAUGUGUCUCAGCUCAAUUAGACUGCGUGAUUUGACUCCUUUAUCUAUAUAACCCAAACAAAGACGUUUUCCUGCCAAAAGAGCUUCAUAACCUGAUCAGUUAGUUUUUUUUUUCAUAGUCAAAAUGGACUAGAAUGUUGAGUUUGGGGGUUGUAUAUCCAGAGGUCUUAAGAUAGCCGUAUCUUUUAUGAUGUCAUGAAAUACGAAUGAUAGAGAUGUUACAGAGAUGGGACCUUUCAGAGACUAUGCUCAUCUGCCACUGACUGCUGCUUUCAGAACUGAUUGGCUUCCCACAAAAACCACCGUUCAAUGACAGAAGGUGUACAUGAAUUACAGAUAGAAUGGAAGCCCAAAGAAGCUCUGAAGGCAGUUUGUUGUGAUUUUAUUCAUUUUACGGCCCCGCCACCACCCUCAGUUCUAUAACACGUUGCCCACUCCAGUAAAUCAACCUCUUCAUUUUUAUGCAGCUUAUUUAAUUUAUUUUAGAGGGCGGCUACUACUGAACCCCCAGCUCACUUCUCUCAACUGACAGAAUCCCACUGGUACCAGCCCCGUUUCAGAGUCUGGUAUAUUUUUAAAGACUUAAGGGGCCUCUGUUUGGCACCACAAUCAUUAUACUGCCAGGGGUUCACCGGUUUCCUCCAAGUUAUUGGAGAGAGCUUUCCUCUUUCUUGCUGUAUGGUUUUACUUGUGACAAAUGGAGACGCACUCGUAAUGCACUGUACUGGUUCUCAAUGCUGUGUGCGCACUGCAGUUCAUGGGGGAGUGGGCAUGGAAUAUCCAACCUU